AGGAGUUUAAACUGAUCAUUGGGUAACUUGCAAAACAGCGGGUGUUUUCCUCUACUUCUCUACUUGAUUCUAGCCAGGUAAAAGGAAAGAUGGCGGGGCCUUUGACCACCACCAUCAUCAUCAUGGCGGCGCUUGUAGCGCCUCAUCUCGUCCUAUCCCAGCCCUGCACCGAGAGUGUCUGUAACUUUAACUUCGUCAUCAGGCGAACCAAGACCAUGACUCAUUCACGGGACGUCAACGGCACAAGGGACACAAACUCCGUGAAACUUCGUGACGACGGACGCCUUGAGCUCUUUAGUUCGCUGGGAAACCCCGCCCACCCGGGGAAGGAGAACGUGAACGGAACUCUCGUACCCUGGGAGGAGGUCAUUACCACUGACGGAGUUCAGAGGAACGUCAUCACGGUCAACGACAUGUUUCCGGGACCUACCAUUGAAGUCGUGGAGGGGGCACAGGUCGUCGUUAAAGUAACGAACAAACUGCUAAAUGAGGUCACAAGCAUCCACUGGCACGGUCUGCACAUGCGCGGCACGCCAUAUAUGGAUGGCGUGGCCUACGUCACCCAAUGUCCCAUCAUGCCCCGCGAGAGUUUCUUCUACCGCUUUCGCGCAGAGCCUGCCGGGACUCAUUUUUACCACUCCCAUCUCAGCACCCAGCGGGAAGAUGGACUAUUCGGGGCUUUAAUCGUGCACAAGGGAAAGCAUCCCAUCAUGCCAUCCGUUCCCGUGAUCCUUCAUGACUGGUACCACGUUGAAGCUACCCCAUAUUGGAUUUCGAACAUGUUUCGUUUGGAAUAUGGCGGCGAUGGGGCAUAUGAGCUGGGUGCCUACGAACGCACGUUCUCUCAUGAUGGCAUCAAAGUAUCCAGUCGAGAGUACAACUCAGCUUUGAUAAACGGACGUGGUCGUUUCGGGAACAACAGGGCGCCGCUCAGCACCUUCACAGUCCCUUCUGGAGGGUCCGUCAACUUCCGGAUUAUUCAUGUAGGUCCGGAUUAUCCGUUCCGGUUUUCUGUGGAUCAACACGAGCUAACGGUGACAGCAAGCGAUGGGUACGACAUGUCACCUCGCAGCGUACAGUCAGUCAUUAUGUAUCCCGGAGAGAGCUAUGAUGUCCGGAUUAACGGUAGCGCAGAUCCGGAUUUGUACUGGAUCCGGGCUAAGACCCUGAGCAUUGGCCACUGCACUAAAUGUUACCCGUACGACGAAGUCAAUGUGGUUCCGGAUGACAUAACACAAGAGGUGCGGGCUACUUUGCGAUACCAAGGUGUGACAGCAGACAGAGAUCCCACCACAUCGAAACGGAACUGCAGCGACGAGAAUCCUUGCUUUGUCUUUAACUGCCCGUUUGCUGGCUACCCCGAACACGAGAACACUGCCUGCAUCCAUGUUAAUGAAGCAAAAGCUUAUGCGUUUCUAUCAGAGGGAGAAGGACACUCCAAUGUGACUGACAAUGGCGGUAAACAGUCCAUUUCCACGGACAUAAUGGAGAUCUUCUUAAAUUUCAACUUCGCCAUCGGGUCUUCUGUGAACGGACGCCGGUUCGUCGGCCCCACCGCCCCGCUUUACCAGGACAACACGGCGGCGAUCGUGCCGUGUGACAAGGAACAGUGUCUCAGGAGCGGAUGUCGGUGUACACACAUCAUAGACAUCCCCUACAACCAGACGAUCCAACUGGUGAUGUAUAACACGUUCGCUCCGGCCAGUCAGACGCACCACUCUGUCCACAUCCACGGGCACGCCUUCCAGGUUGUCGCCAUGGGUUACCCCAGCUACAACAAGACUACAGGUCGCUACAUCCAGCCUAACCCUGAUGUGGAAUGCAAGAACGAGCUGUGCACGGACGCCUCCUGGCGGAAUGGACCGCCGCUGCUUAACCUGAUCAACCCGCCACUGAAAGACACCGUCCUGGUCCCUGCCAAUGGUUACACUGUGGUCAGGUUCAGGUCUGACAACCCCGGGCACUGGUUCCUGCACUGCCACAAUGAUCAGCACAUGAACGAGGGGAUGGCGCUGGUGCUGCAGGAGGCGGGAGACCGGCACCCCGCCCCGCCCAGGGGCUUCCCGAGGUGCGGUGACUUCACUUGGAGCUCGGAGGAAUACCAGCACGACCUGGAGGGUAACGGCCCAUCAGAUGUCCAGACCACAGCGCUCGCCACAAAGGUCCUGAUCCUGUCCGUUGUGGUGGGAGUUCUCGCCUUCGUCAUCAUACUGACAGCGGCAACGUACUGUAUCCUCAAGAAGAAAAGGGACGCGCUUUCACUGACACCUAUGACGGAGCCUGUUCCUUUGAAGUAAAAUGUCCCUUGCAAAAACACAUACACACCCACAAAAAAAACAAAGCAACAAUAUUAUACUUUCAAGAAAGUUCACGUUGAUAAAUUACAUCGUUCUCCAAAAAACAAUAGAAGUGGGUACAGUUCGGAGCACGAGCUAUUUUGAACUUUUGCAAUUACUUAGCUCCUGUUGCGAGCUUUCGCAACAGGGGAUAAGCUUCUAUUAUGUUUUAACGCUGCAUUUUUAUUUUCAUGGCAGGCCUCCUUGCGUGUAGUAAUCAUCAGUGACAACAAGUAUGGGUUUUUCCCGGUCCAAAUUAGAAAACCGUUACGUAUUUUCGGACCGGACCGAAAAAGAUUCUAUGGUCCGUACCGGUCCACCUCACCCAUAGUAACUAUAAUAGUACCCAACAUUUGCUUACACUGCGUCAAAAGGUAACGUACAAACAAAGUGCCAAUAAAGUGGUGCCUGUACAACACUUUACACAUUGCACAGACCAUGGACAGUUUGGUUUAUUCGCUGUACACAUGGUUGUACAAACUGCACGGCUAAUGAAUGAUCCUGAUCUUAGAAUCGCAGCCAUGUGGUUACUAUACAGAUUUUACACGAUUUUACACGAUUCGAACCUCAAAUUUGAACCUGGGAAGCUUAAAUUCAACCAUGGCAGUGACAAUUGUAGGCUACAUGUAUACAAAGCCUGAUUAAACCGCGCUGGAACUGGGGUCAUUACCUCCGGCCGAUAGCUUGUGUAACACAGGCUACUUCUAUACACAUGUUUAUCCUGUAAAACCGUACAUAAUGCACUUGCAUUGUUUAGUUCUGUACUGAGUUAAGAAAUGACAGAUCGACCCUCAUUCUAACAUAAUGUAUAUCUAUAAUAAGUAAAUACUUACGAACUUUAUUCAUUUACCUUGUCGAUAUUUCUUGACACUUGUAAUUAAUUCAUUAACAUCUAUUCACGCUCACUGAAAAAUUUCAAACCUUUAUUAUUAUUCACGCAACCCUUUGUAUUAGUAAUGUAUAACCAUCACCGUAAUAUCCACUUCCACAAUUUUUAGCAGCAGCAAAACUUGAUGUAAAUUACGUUUUAACAGAGAGAUUCUCUUUUGCCUUGAACACAAUGUACAAACGCAACAUAUCAAUUACAGAAUAUCAUUCCAAAGUAAAUUGCAUCCUUUGUUAGAUUUUUCCCUGAAUAAUGGUAUUUAGAAAAAGUACUUGUCUUGAUAGCCAAGGAAACAUAGGAUCAGGCUAGACGUUUUAUGU